AUGGCUGAGGAGUUGCUUUUUAUGGAUGAACAAAGAAAGUGGUUUCUUGAGAUAGAUUAUACUCCUGGUGAAGAUGCUAUGAAGAUUGCUGAAAGGACAACAAAGGAUUUAGAAUAUUACAUAAACCCAGUUGAUAAAGCAGCAUCAGGGUUUGAGAAGAUUAAUUUUGAGAGAAAUUCUGUGGAUAAAAUGCUAUCAAAGAACAUUGCAUGCUAUAGAGAAAUCAUUUGUGAAAGGAAGAGUCAGUUGAUGCAGAGUUUAAUCCAUUACCUUUGGGGGUUAUUGAUAGGUAAGGAUAUACUACUGUCAUCUUUUUUGCCUUCUGGUUAUUUUGUUUCUCCAUUGUUUCCUUUUCCUUCUGCUUAUGUCUACCUUUGUAAGUUGGUGGUUUUCCAUGGUGAUUUGUUCAGUCUCUCCUUUUUUUUAUGUUUGUAUCUCUGCCAUAGAUUUUUGCUUUGUGGUUAUCAUGAGGUUUACAUAAAACAUUUCAUAGAUAGGGCAGGAGGAGUGGCAGUGGCCAGGCAGCCCAGCUUCAAGAAAGAUUUCUGCCCCUGUGGCUGCAGGCACCUGGUGCACACCUGCCCCACCACGAUACUCAAGAGGAAGGUCAGCUCCACUGAGGGGGUGACAAAGGAGGAACCCAAGAGGAGGUCAUCAAGGUUGUCAGUUAAACCUGCUCCUGCAGAAGUGGAAACGAAGCCAAAAAAGGCAACAGGAAAGGAUAAAUCUUUAGACAAAAAAGCAAAGGGGAGAAGGGGAGCAAAGGGAAAACAGGCUGAAGCGGCUAACCAAGAAAUGAAGACUUAUCUGCAGAAAAAUGGAGAAACUGAAAAUGAGGAGAGUCCAGCCUCAGAUGAAGCAGGAGAAAAAAGCCAAGUCUGAUUGAUAUCAUAUACCAUGUCUUAUCAGUGGUCCCUGUCUCCCUUCUCGUACAAUCCAGGGGAAUAUAUAUAUAUUUUUAAGAUUUAUUUAUUUUAGAGAGAGAGAGAACAUGUGCACAUGCAAGUCGGGGGGAGUGGCAGAGGGAGAGAAUCUUCAAGCAGACUCUGCACCUAGCAAGGAG